GCCUCAAGGCACCGCGUUUUUGGAAGCGUCGUGUCGACAGGUGCAACGAGAGAGAGCGCCGCAUCGUACCCAGUACGUGCACCGCCAUUACAAACAACGACGACGACGACCAUGACGUCGUCUGCAGCCACAAGCUUGAGCCUUCUGGCCGACGCGUGGGCACACUCGUGGCGCGAUUGCGCGCCUACGUUGUGCAACGCGCCGCAAACCGACUUUGCGCCGUGCAUGUGGCACGUAAGCACGCUCGCCUCGACCUCAAGUCUCAACUGUACGUGGCGCUACGAGGACGACGCGAGUGACGGCGCGCCCAUCCUGUAUGCCGACGCGUCGACGUUGCCGAUCCCGCUCGCCCUUCACGUCCGGGCCGCGCCGCUCACAGUGCGCUGUGCCUUCAAUGCGACGACCUUGGAACGCCGCUUCGACCUGCGCACCUGCGAUAGUUUGACGCGCUACGACGUGUACCACCCGCUGCACCAAGGCGCCUUCUUGGAGCAGACGUGCGCGACGGAGCGUGGGCCGCACCAAGCCUGCGCCGGCCAUAUUAUCUCGUGGGACAGUGCACGCACACGCUAUCAAAACGCCACUCGGCGGCCGCUCGAGUGCUGCAACGCCCGUGGCGUGCUCCCGGCCUUUUCCUGCCAUCUCAACACCACAUUUGAGGGGCUUGGUGUCUGCCAAGUCGCUCCGUUCGCCACGUAUGGCCUCUACGACGUGCACGUGCUGCAGAUCUCGGUCGACUUUGCGUACGCGUACCCCAACAUCGCGAUCGGCUUUGGCGGUUUGCUUGGGCUCGUCGCGCUGCUCGGGACCUUGGUCUGGGUCGUCCAGUUGGCCGCGCUUGUGGUCAACGACCACGACGAUACGCGGCGCAUGGAAACGAGCUACUACUACAAGGAGCUGCCAGCGUAG